AUGGAUGUAAAGCAUAUUAAAGAUUACGUCUCCUGGCUGUACUAUCAAUAUCUCCUCAUAACGUGCAGCUAUGUACUGGAGCCCUGGGAGCAGUCCAUUUUUAACACUGUGCUAUUGACAGCCGUUGCGAUGAUGAUCUACAGCUCUUAUGUCUUCAUCCCGAUUCACGUUUGCCUGGCAGUGGAGUUUUUCUCCGGAAUAUUUGGAGGGCAGCACGAAAGUACAGUCGCCCCAAUGAACUGACCCGCUCUGCCCGUGCCCUCCAAUGCUUCCAUGAGAUCGCUCAUAAGACUUGCCGCUUCACAGCUGGAACUGCAGAGGUUUACAGGAAAUUUGUGCUGAGCAUAGAUUCCUACCGGGAAGAAUUUGCCAAACUCCCUUUUUUGUUUUUGAAUGAACUGGUCUCUGGAAAUGUGUUAGGGGGAAACAAAAUGACACAUCCGCUUUGUACAUAGUGUAAUAUAGUCUUUGCUUUAUAUUUAAAAAGGGGAAAAAAAUACAAAAUAUUCAGUUAAAAUGAUGCAGCGUACAACGUCAAAGUGAAAAAGAAAAAAAAAGACUACAUAAAAUAAAAGAUUAUCGAAGCUUUAAAGAAUGGAGGAUUUACCUUUUUUGGGCUUCUUUACUGGAAUUUAAACACACGAACUUGUGUAAAAGACAGUAUCCUCUAUGCAAACUAAAAUAUAUUGUAAAAUAUGUAUAUACCUUUUCAUAACUGACUCCCUGCUACGCUGCUAUAAACUAAUAUACAUCAAAAUUGCUCUCUAUCAACCUGAAUAAGGGUUUUGCUACUGUGUUAGGUCUCUGGAUAAGAAAAGGUUUUUCAUGGAGUUAUAAGGGCUGUCCCAUGCAGUAUAUGCCAUUUUUACAUUGAUACCCAAAAUCCAUAUUUUCCCUUUUAUAUGAGGAGACUUGUGACUUAUGAUACGCCAUUUCUAUACCUAAUGUACUGUGACUUAUAUCGCUUUCAGUGUUGGUUUAGUUUGACCUAUCGCAGGAUGAGCUGGUGCCAUCAGCUUCUAUUUCCAUUUAGUAGAUGGAUCUAUAAAUAGACUAAACUAUCCUUUUAGAUCAGGGUUUCCCAAACAAGGUACCUCCCGGCUGUUCCAAAACUAGAACUUCUAGCAUGGCCAGACAGCCAUUUGGCAGGAGUCACCCUGAUUGAGAAACACUGCCCUAGAAACAAAAAAAAGUCUUCUUAAAUAACAAAUUAUAAUAAAUAAUAAGGUUAGGCUCAGUUCAGACUGUGCUAAAGGCUUCUAUCAGAUACAUAUGAUAUGAUAUAGUAAUCUAGGCACUGACCUAUGCAACAGUACAGUCAUACAGUAGCAUAUGUUGUUCAGAGGUUUGUUAAAGAAAUUAAAAGUAUACUGUGCAGUAUAGCCUACCAUGCAUUUCUAUACACAAACAUAUGAAAAUAAAGGAUAUUUGCCAAAAAAAACACAAUUUCCUUUCCUAAGUCUACUGGAACAUGCACCAAACGUCCUCGCAAAAUACAAUUUAAGCAGACCCUCAGGGUGGUUCUCCAUAGUCUAAUGUCCAAAAUAAGGUCAUUGGUCUCUUUGUAAAUAACUUUGUGUUCUGUUCUUGUGUUAUUUAUGUUCUACCUACAGUAUCAUUUUAGUAUUAUAAAAUUGUAAAUAACUGUUUUGCAUACUUUA